AUGACCCAGCCACAGGUUGCGCGCUUCCUCGUCGAGCUCCGCGACGCUCUGGGGAAGCUCGAGUCGCUCCCGAUGCCAACAAUCGCUGCUAUUGACGGUCCUGCGCUUGGAGGAGGCCUUGAGAUGAGUCUUGCGUGCGAUUUACGCGUCGCUGGCCAUGAUGUCACGAAAAUUGGGCUGCCUGAGACGAGCCUCGGUAUUAUCCCAGGUGCUGGAGGCACGCAACGUGCGACGAGGAUAUUGGGCCCGUCUAAAGCCAAAGAUCUUAUCUUCACUGCCCGGACCUUGACCGCUACAGAAGCACUGGAAUGGGGCCUCGUUAACUACGUCUCGUCUCCGGGGACAGCAGCUUUCGACCGCUCGCUCAAGCUGGCAGAGGCGAUUGCGAAGAAUGCCCCGCUCGCCCUUCGUGCGGCCAAGCAGGCAAUUUCGAGAUCCGAAGACCUUCCUCUCGAGACAGGUCUCGACUUCGAGCGGGCGUCGUAUGAAACCCUGUUGACUAGCAAGGAUCGCAAUGAAGCUCUCGAGGCCUUCCGGGAGAAACGCCGACCUCUCUUUACGGGAGAAUGA